AUGUGGGGGCUUAUUUGCUGCUUUCAGUUCACUAUAAAUACUCGAACGCCAUUUCAGUUCCCUGCAACAUCAACUUGUUCUCUUUUGCUUAAUUACCCUUUCUUGUGAUCUUUAAUCCAAAUGGCUCCUCUUCAAGUUCUCUCUGUCUUUGUAGCAUCUUUUAUCUUCAUGCAAACUCUGGGGAACUCUCAAACAUGCCCGGAUUGUUUCACUCGUUCUCGUGCAGCCCACUAUCCAAAUUCAGAAGAAAAAGGAACAGAAACUGGGAGUUGUGGAUUUGGUACUUUUGGAGCAACAAUCAAUGGCGGAGAUGUCUCAGCAGCAUCAGAACUCUAUCGAAAUGGUCUAGGAUGUGGUGCAUGCUACCAGGUGAGGUGCACCGACAGUAACUACUGUUCUGAUAAAGGAGUGACUGUAGUUGUAACAGACCAAGGUGCAGGUGAUCGCACAGACUUUAUUCUAAGUCAGCGAGCCUUUGCUCGCAUGGCUCAGACAACAGAUGCUGCUGCUUCUAUAUUGCCACUUGGUGUGGUGGAUAUAGAAUACAGAAGGGUCUCAUGCACCUACCCGGACAAAAAUAUUACAAUCAAGAUUGAAGAGAGCAGCGACAAUCCUCAUUACUUGGCUUUUGUGAUAUGGUAUCAACAAGGCAAAAAGGAUAUUACAGCUGUGCAACUAUGUGAGACACAAAAUUUUGUAUGUAAGCUGUUGGACAGGACACGUGGAGCAGUGUGGACUACUACUUCACCUCCAAGGGGACCUCUGCAAAUCAGAAUGCUAUUGAGUGUUGAUGACGAAGAUGAGACAUGGGUUGUUCCUGUCAAUAAUAUACCUGAAAACUGGAAAGCUGGUGACACAUACGACUCAGGAAUACAAGCAGAUGCAUAAACACAAAGGACUGUUGCUAUUUGAUUAAAUUUU